AUGGCGCUGACGCCCACGCUGACGUCGUCUCGGUCGUCUCCUUCGCUGCCCUCGUCGCCGCACAGGCCCGCGCUCCGGCCGGGCAGCCUGCAGCGGCUGCUCCGCCCGCCGGACCCGUCCGACGACGACGACUCCUCUCCGACGCCGCGGUCACGGUCGCGCUCCCGCGCCCGUGAGCGUGCCCUGCUCCAGGUCACCAACAUCACGCCGGCGCUCUCCGGCGCCGACCCCUUCUCAGGCCACCACGGCUUCUACCUCCGCCUCUCCGACUCGGCCCGCUCCUGCUACGUGUCGCUCCACGCCGACCACGACGAUCUCAUCCUCGCCAACGGCCUCCACAUCGGCCAGAUUAUCGAGGUCGACCACCUCGUGCCGUCCGUACCGGCGCCCGUGCUCCGCGGCUUCCGCGUCCUCCCCGGGCGGUACCCCUGCGUCCAGCAGGACUCCGGCGAUGACGACGUCGUCAAGGGGUCGUCUCCGAGCGGCCGCGCCGGCCGUCGCCGACGCCCCCGCUUCCUGAGAGGAGGGCGCGACAGGCGAGCUCCCCUGCCGCCAUCGGCCACUGCCACAGGUCACGGUCGAUAA